GUUCCUCAAAAGUUCCUAGGUGGUGCUGAUGCGGCUGGUCCCGGCACCACAUUUUGAGAACACUGUUUAAAAUGUAAAUACCCCCAAGAAAGGACACACAUUAACUUGCCCUUAGCAGGUUUACCUGCUCCUUUCCUCCUUUCGGAAUGAUCCCCUGUGUUAUGGGGAACAUACGUUGUUGGUAAUCUUCCACCUCUGUCCUGAUUUAUUCUUGAGUUUUGAGUCCACAAAUCAUGGAAAUAUCCCAGGGACCCCAGUUCUUUGGUGUAUGUACAUCUCGCAAGUUCCCUGCCUCACCCAAACCACGGACUCCAAUAUGGGGCUCAGAGAAAAGGGUCCAGGGGAAACAGAGCCUGGGGACCCGGGGGGAGGGACACUGUAGUUCCUCGCGUUGAGGCCAAAUGGUGCCCCUCGGGAGGCAUUGGGGCGGCAGGUAGGAGAGGAGUGGGGUCUGACUUGCUGAGGGACUCAUUUGUCCCCCAGGGCCUGGACCUUCUGACCAGCCCCUGCAGCUGUGGGGAAAGUGGGCCUGUAGGUCUGCACCUGGCACCUCCCACCUUGGGAGCUGUGAGUUCUUCUGGGCGUGAGGGGAGAGAAGAGGGCCUGGGAGCUGGGAGGGGCUGGGGAAGCACCUUUCAGGAAAGGACAAGGAGGGUGGGUACCAGGAACCCAGCCCUGAGUAGGGGCGGGGCCAAGCACACCUGUACGUUGUUGUUCAGUGACCACCUCAGCAGCCGGGAAUUUAUUCGCACCCACCAAGUGGCCCUGUGGGGGAGGAAGGGGACCCGCCUCCCCAACCUGGGAGGAGAUUCUACCCUGCCACACCCCUCACUUGCUCCUUUCAUUCUUCACCCGGUUGGUGGAGAUGAUGGUGACCUUCUCCCUUCCCUACCCCCUCCAAGGGCAGAGUAAAAGAAAACAAGCUUUGCCACAGCAGAAAAGAUUAGGUUAGCCCUUAGAAGGAGCUUCCUCAACAGGACAGGGGACUGGGAUCUGGGUGGGGGCCGGCCCAGGGACAGAGGGCUGGAUAUUAAAGACUUCUUGUCCAGGCCUCAGUUUGCUCAUCUGCCAAAUGGGACUAAUUGUGCCUUCCAUCGUGAGGACUGAAAGAGGUCAAGAACCUCAGAAGAUUGUUUUAAACAGGCUACACGUGUAAAGAUUUGCUGCUCGCAGCCAACCUGGCUUCCCUGGGGAGUAAGGGAGCUGUCUGUUUACCGUCCUGCCCCCACUCCCAUCCCACUGGCUUUCCAGCCACAAGACCUGUCUACCCAGCCCUGUCCUAGCUGCCCAGUGACCCAGAAGCCCCAACUCUCUCCCAGGCCCAGCCACUGCCCGCUGGGCUCCUCAUCUCUGUAACCAGCUUAGCAGCCCCCAUGGGGAUGGGGAAGCAGCUAGGACCUGACUCUCCUUCCUUUUUUAUUUCUGUAGACGCAGCCGCCAGCCCGAGCAGCAGCGGCAUGGGCAGCGCCAGCCCGGGCCUGAGUGGCGUCCCCCCAAGCCGCCUCCUGCUGCCCCCCGACACUGUGCUACGGACUGGCCUGGAGAAGGUGGCAGUGGGAGCAGGGGCAAUGGGGCCCGAGAGACGGGACUGGAGCCCCAGCCCACCUGCCACACCUGAGCAGGGCCUGUCCACCUUCUACCUCUCCUACUUCGACAUGCUGUUCUCCGAGGACAGCAGCUGGGUGGCCAAGGGCCCCGGGGCCAGCACUCGGGAGGAGCCGCCCGACGAGCCCGAGCAGUGCCCCGUCAUCGACAGCCAAGCCCUGGGGGGCAGCCUGGACCUGGCGCCAGGUGGGCUGACCCUGGAGGAGCAUUCACUGGAGCAGGUGCAGUCCAUGGUGGUGGGCGAGGUGCUCAAGGACAUCGAGACGGCCUGCAAGCUGCUCAACAUCACGGCAGACCCCGUGGACUGGAGCCCUGGCAACGUGCAGAAGUGGCUCCUGUGGACAGAGCACCAGUACCGGCUGCCCUCCGUGGGCAAGGCCUUCCAGGAGCUGGGGGGUAAGGAGCUGUGUGCCAUGUCGGAGGAGCAGUUCCGCCAGCGCUCGCCCCUGGGCGGGGACGUGCUGCACGCCCACCUGGACAUCUGGAAAUCAGCGGCCUGGAUGAAAGAGAGGACGUCCCUGGGGGCGAUUCACUACUGUGCGUCGACCAGCGAAGAGAGCUGGACGGACAGCGAGGUGGACUCAUCCUGUUCCGGGCAGCCCAUCCACCUGUGGCAGUUUCUCAAGGAACUGCUGCUGAAGCCACACAGCUAUGGCCGCUUCAUCCGGUGGCUCAACAAGGAGAAGGGCAUCUUCAAAAUCGAGGACUCCGCGCAGGUGGCCCGGCUGUGGGGCAUCCGCAAGAACCGCCCCGCCAUGAACUACGACAAGCUGAGCCGCUCCAUCCGCCAGUAUUACAAGAAGGGCAUCAUCCGCAAGCCGGACAUCUCCCAGCGCCUGGUCUACCAGUUCGUGCACCCCAUCUGAGUGCUGCGGCCAGGCCCUGGGCCCGAACCUUGCCCUCGCCAGACCUCCCUCCUGCCUGCCCUGCCUCAGCCAGACCCUGAGCUGGGGGACAGGGCAGUCUGCUGGCAUCCGGAGUUCAAGGUCAGGGAGGGGAUGGCCCCUCGCUCCACGGGUGUCAGUGAGCUCUCUGGGGCCCAAGGGACCCCGGCGUGGGCGUGCUUUCUCUUUGGGCCUGACUGCUCCUGCGCCCAGUCCACUGGAGGACGGCGGAAGCCAGGGCUGUUCUCAGUGUUCAUGGCACCCCAGGGAAGGCCCUCCCUCCACCCAGCCUCUGACCCCAGAAGUUCCAGAGCAGAGCCGACAGCACGGCAGUGACUUGGCCAAGGCCACUCGCAGUCCAGUGCCCUCUGCCACCCAUUCUGUACCAUGCCUGGCAUGGUGCGGGGACAUCUACACCCCCAAGUUGGGAAGCCAGGGGUGCCCUGGGGAUGGAUAAUAAAGAUACUAGAGAAUUGA